AUGCCUACGCACCUGGCGCAUCCAUCUCCGAAGCGCAAGCGCGAUCAACCCGCGCCUAUUCCUCUGCUCAACACGGCUCUGGCCCUGCGUCCCGCGUCAACACCGCCACGAGGUAGUCCCGCGCCUUCGUCGGGCGCCGAUAGCCCUCGAAAUGCAGUCGCAGACACGCUGCGAGGUAUGACCCUCACUGCGCUCUCGGAAAUACCCAUGUCCCCGCUCACACCUACCGACGAUGUAAUACGCAAGAAGCCGAAGCUCGAUGCUAUGAGAGCAGACAGCGGAACUGGCUCAGAAAUAUAUGCAGCCAACGAAACACCGAACAGCUAUACAAAUAGGAAGCAUAUAGAUACUAUUGCUACGACACCCGAGAUGGAGGUCUCUAGGGUGAUACCAGAGACCCCUCAGUCGUCGCAACCCCGCUUGUUGCCAGAUAUCGCUUCUUUCGCGCAAACCACCAGUUUUGUUUCGUCGCCCGCAACAACUAAAUCGCAGCCGUCUAUAUCCACACACGAAAAGCUUCGCGCGCAAAAUCGAUCGUCUUCGCAACCCCACCCUCGGGCUAGAUCACCGUCGCCGCCAAUGUCGACUCUCACGUGGCGAGAUAGUGAGAUCACGGGACACCUGGUCGAUCCGUCAACUGAUCCAGAUGACGAUGGUACUGGGCUCAAUGGGAUUGGCUUUAGACCCACACCAGCAUUAGCAUAUGCUAGAUCGCAGAAGCGACGACAACAGUUGACAGAGUGGAAGCUACGGGAGACUCGCGAGGCGAGAGCAAAACGUAGCGAGAGGCGGAAGAGAGGCGUCAGAGAUAUGCCUUCAAGGGAAGUCACCGUCGAACGGGAAGUCAUGCCCGUUACUAAGAUUGAGACCACGAAGCGGACAGUCAAGUUCGCUAUAUGA